CCCGUCCCAGUAUGAGCGCCCCCCCUUGGGCCCCUUGACGAUGCACUCCAGAUCCAACACGGGUUUUUCCUUACGUCAGGUCAGCCCGGGGAUGACAUUUGAACCUUCAAGAGGGAGGAGGAGGAAAGGCUGAGGAGGAGAAGGGUUGUUGUUGUUGUUGUUUUCUUCUUCAGCCGUCAAAUCGCCCGUGUCACCAUCGCCGCCAUCGCCGCCGCCGCCACGGACCACGGCCAUCUAAUUACCGAGUGGAGGCCACAACCCAUACAAGGCUACAGGGAACUGGAACUUGUUCCCUGCGAUCCCGACGAACGCCAAUCUGGGACCCCUUUGCCUUUUGUCCCUCGCUCACCAAAUCGGUUUCCCCAUGCAUUUGUUUCUGUAAAUCGACAUCUACGUACUUCUCUACGCAAACAUACAUACAAUAAUAUCGAAUUCGGAGCGUCAUAUUCUUGGUUGUGCAAACGCGUGUAUGGAAUUGGAAUAGAAGCUCGACUCUCGCCAUGCUUUUUACCAACAAGAUCACUGGCGUAGCACCGUUGCUGCUCGCUGCCGCUAGCAGUGUAUACGGAACACUCGAGGUUGACCUGAACAACACUGCAUCCGUAAAAUCCGCCGCACAGACUGUCGCAAAGAACCUGAUAUCAUACUAUAAUGGCAAUACACCUGGAAAAACCAUCGGUAUUCUUCCUGGUCCCCCGCCAGACGGAUCAUACUACUGGUGGGAGGCUGGUGCCAUGUGGGGGACCUUCGUCGACUACUGGCAUUACACUGGCGACAACACAUACAACGCCCUAGCCGCGCAAGCCCUCGUCUUCCAAGCCGAUGCGCCUCAGAACAGCUUCAUGUCGCCCAACUGGACUGCCUCUCUCGGUAACGAUGAUCAGGGUUUCUGGGGAAUGGCUGCCAUGCUCGCCGCCGAAGUCAACUUCCCCUUGGUCCCCGGCGAGGCUGAUUGGCUCGAGAUGGCCCAGGCCGUCUUCAACACGCAAGCUGCCCCCGACCGCCACGACGACGAAUGCGGCGGAGGUUUGCGCUGGCAGAUCUACCCCUCCAAUGCUGGAUAUGAUUAUAAGAAUACUAUCGCCAAUGCCUGUUUCUUCAACGUCGGCGCAAGACUGGCACGAUAUACCAACAACCGUACCUACUCCGACUGGGCCGAGAAGACUUUCAACUGGAUCAGGGACGUCGGUUACAUCGAUAAGAACUGGAACAUCUACGACGGUGGUCAUGUCCCCAAUAACUGCACAGACAUCAACAAGGUCCAAUGGUCAGCUAACGCAGCCAUCAUAAUCCAUGGUGUCGCCAUCAUGUACAACAUGACCGAAGAUGCUGAACAAUGGGGAAAGCCCCUUACCGGACUCGUCAACCGGACCCUCGAGUUCUUCUUCCCCCAGGGUGUGAUGGUUGAACGCGCCUGUGAGCUCACAGACAGGCUUCUUUGCAACAUCGAUCAACAUUCCUUCAAGGGUUACCUCCUCCGCUCCUUGGCCACAGCCGCCCUCAUGGCGCCUGAUCUUGUUCGAGAACCUAUAGUCAAGGCCUUGAAGACCAACAUCGAGGGUGUUAUCGACAGCUGCCUGCCUGACGGCACAUGCGGUUACCGUUGGAACCUCGGAAAGUACGACGGUGACGUGAACAACGGCCCCGCCGGUCAGGAGAUGAGCGCGCUUGCGGCUUUCUCGACGUAUCUGGUCACCUACCAGCAUGAUGUAAUCAAGCCUCUGGUCACCAACAGCACCGGUGGUCAGAGUCGUGGUAACCCCAAUGCGGGAGAGACGCCUGCGACGAUCAUGUCCAUGUCAGAGCUUACAGGGAGAGACAAGGCCGGCGCAGGAGUGCUUACCGCCUUUGUGGUGUGCACUAUCCUGGGAACGUACUUCUUCUUGGCGACCGGGAUAGGUGAGCGCAAGCAGUAAGCAGGAGGCAACUGCUUCGAUGCUCCAGUCAUUGGAUGUGGGUACGGUUUUGCAUAUCUCGUCCUUGGUGAGGACUUGGAUAGUUGAUGCAUGUUUGGACAUAUGAACCCGGAACAUACAAACGUACCAAACGUUUAUCUUUCUCUUUGCAAAAGGUGGCUGAGUGGUCACCGUUGGCGUUGUAUCCGAGGUCAAAUCAGCAGUUUACAUAUACCAUUUGUAGUUAUCAUCAUUGCAGGCGUUUAGGGUAGCGGAUCGGGCUAGGUUUGGCUUAUACAAAAUUCAGUCUUCAUAUAAAUCAUCAUGUCCCAGGGGAAAGUGCAUAGUGAUAGCAAGUGUACUUGUAAUAUGUCUAAAGAACACAG